UUUGCAGCACGCUUUCCAUUCCGCGAGUUCCUGCAGCUGUCAGACUUCGCGAAACGACGCGCACGCUCCAGCUCUUCUAACAUUCUAACAUCAGCAGUCGGGAAGUUGGGGUGUCUUGUCCAGGCCUUAGGCAAAUCACCUCUCGCGGAAGUCCAAGCACUUUGCGGCUAACAUCAACCCAAGCCCCGCUGACAAUUCGGCCGCACCCUUCUUUUCGCCCACAACCCACGGCUUCGGAUGGCGCGCUUCAUAUACCAGCGGCGGUAGUAUCUGUAGCCAUCUCGGAAGCCUUUGUUGCCCGCCAUGGAGGACAUCCACGGCGUUGACGUCUCGUGGCUGCACCACUCCACUCGAGACCAUCACCAUCGCCAGCAUGCUCCAUCGUCGCCGGGUCUCUCGAGAGACACUCCCCCGCGCACCUCAGCCCACGGCGGCCUGCCUCCGAAUCACGCCCACAACGAGCGAAAGAACCCAGAGCCCGCCCCAGCCGUCCAGAGGCCCUCGCCGCCGCCCACUCCUCCCGCCGCACCGUCGCCCGCGCAGAAAAUACCCAUAAAGCGUCCAGCGCUGCUUAGCCGAGGCAGCUCCGAGAAGCAGCCCGGGAGCGUCACGCCGCCCGAUUCACGGUCGUCGCGAAAGAACUCGUGGAUAUCCAGCAUCAGCUCCAAGUUUUCCUCGCAGAACUCACCAGCGCAAACGACACAUGCCCAAGCUCAAGGCUCCCCCGCGAGCACAAAUGGCGCAAGUGGCACGACGUCAUCAGCCAACGGUGCGUUGAAUGGCAUUCAGGCCGCAGCAAACGGCCAGCAUGCAAGCUUUGAGCCCUACGUUCCGCAGCAGCCCAAGAGCUCCUUCAUCUCAAAUGCGCUCCGUCGCUUGUCGUCGGGAUCGCAGGUGGGCGGCGGUGGCAAGGUCGUCCCUCAUGGCGGGGUAUGCCCCCGGAAGGUCAUGAACAUUGACCCCAACCGGAACAGGUGUCUGGUGCCGGAUCUGGAUGAGAACAAAUUGCGCCGCGUUGCCUUUUGCGUUGACGUCGAGAUAGCGGGCGGUCCGAGGUACAAGGAUGACGCGGAUUCCGAAGAGAGGAAGAAGAAGCGGAAAGAAAGGAAACUCAAAGAGCGCGGCGAAGGCGAGGCUCUCAAGCAUCCCGAAUCGGUAGCGCGGGAGAAGGAGAAGGAGGGCGCGGUGAGCGUUUGCGCCACUCGGGAGGUUGUGGGGAAUGAGGAAGCACCAAACCCAGAGGGCACUGUGCUGGACGAGGAGAAGAAGGAGCCGAGCAGGAAGAAAGAGAAGAAGAAGCGGUCCGAGGCUGAGCGCAAGGAGAGGAAGGAGAAGAAGCGACGGAAAGCCGAGGAAAAUGGAUCAAUACCACUCGAACUGUCAAGGGAGGACGGCGACGUGAGCGCUGAUGGCGCCGCAGAUAUACCUGACAAGGCAACACCGAAGCAGCAGGAUCGCCCGACCACGGAUCCGCUCCGGAUAUAUCGCAGGUGCUGUCAGUUGCGGGAAACGCCUAUUCUUAAGAGGAUCGUUGACCAACUCUCCGCUCCUUCUGCAUGCUCUGUUGUCCAACCGGGCGUAGUAAACUUCCUAGAUCUCACCGGCUCCAGACUACAAUUAGCCGACGUGGUCACUCUUUCGGACUGGCUAGCAGUGGUGCCCGUGAAGAAGCUGUUCUUGGAGGACGCCGAUUUGAACGACGAGAAAGUUCGGGUCAUCCUGGCGGGGUUGCUCGCAGCGAAAAUUCCAGAGACUUCGAGAAAACGUCCCCAGUCCCAGGAGCAGCAUGUAAAGCACGGGCAUGUCAAGAUCGAAGAACGCUCAGGCUUCGUCAAGAAGCUUGUUUUGAAAAACAACCCCAAGAUAACCGCAGAAGGAUGGAGGCAUAUUGCUUUGUUCAUAUACAUGUGCAAAUCGAUCAUGGCCCUCGACGUUUCCAUGAUCCCAUUUCCUAAGCCUGCUCCGCAGCUGUCUCCUCAGACAACAAAUUCCUCGGGGGAGCUACCCAGCAGCCAGCACAAGUCACCCAAAGAGGUCGCCGAGAUCAUAGCGAAAGCCAUCGCCGAGCGGUUAGGAGGAUCUACGCUAGAAGAGCUCGUUAUGGCCGAAUGCGCCCUCACCUCAUCGAACAUUAGGAUGAUCAUAGAUGGCGCCAUUGUCAGCGGUGUUCAAAGGCUUGGCCUCGCAGGCAAUGACAUAGAUGACGAAGGUCUCGGUCAUGUUAUCCAUUACAUCCGAUCUGGCGUAUGCCAAGGUCUCGAUCUAGGUGGUAACGGCCUUCGAGACUCCAUAGGCCGUCUCGCCGCGAGCCUUACGAAGGACUGUCCGCUGUGGGCAUUGAGUCUGGCGGAUUGCGACCUCACUCCGGUGUCGUUAAAAAUCCUGUUUCCAGCUUUGGUCAUACUCCCAGCGUUCCGUUUCUUGGACCUUUCGCACAACAAGGAUCUUUUCUCCCAUCAAACAUCGCUCUGCCUGCUUCGGAAGUAUAUCCCGCAGUUUAAAGAGUUGAAGAGGAUACAUCUCAUGGAUGUCUCCUUGUCGCCUGAGGAAGCUAUUGGGAUUGCAGAAGUAUUACCAGAAUGCUCCCACAUCGCGCAUGUCAAUAUCCUGGAAAACCCUCAAAUAUCCGCCCUCGCCACUGCGACCGACGAAGAGAUGCAGGAAGAAGCUGCUGCUCUUUACGCUUCACUUACUGUGGCAGCUAAGCUUUCACAAACGCUCAUUUGCAUCGACGUAGACGUUCCGGGGCCUGAAAGCAACGAAGUGGUCAAGGCGCUGGCGAAACAGGUAGUGGCAUACUGCCUAAGGAAUAUGGAGAACUUCUCCGAGAUUCCCGAACUCAAAACAGUAGAGAAAGAGGUAGAGAUUCCAGACGUGUUAUUGUGCUUCGUCGAAACGGAGAACAACGAGAAGCACGACAACGACCUGCCACCACCAGAUGACGAUUACAUUGUCGGUGGCACGGGUGUCGCAAAGGCGCUGAGUUACUGCCUGCGACAGAAAGCUACGGAUCUUCGCAGGCAAUCUCUUCCUGCUAGUGGCGCGAUGACACCCAGAAGUCGGGUUGAAGAUUUCGAGGGGGCUGGAAGGGCGAGGAUGAUGUCCAAGAAUCUGCUCAAUAAUGCUCGUAAUAUCAGGCAGAGGUUGCAUGGAGCUCUGGUGAGAGAAGCCAGGGCAGGUAACGACAUGGCUUAUCGCCGCCUUCUCUUCCUCGACCAGACCCUGCAAGGCAUGAUCCAACGAUUCGAAGACGAGUACCCCGAAACGCGCCUUCAGCCCGCGGACGACGCAUCGACACACAGCUCGGUUCCCAGCACCUCUCCGCCCGCCUCCACCGUACCCACGCUCUCCACAAGCGUCACAGAAGCGGGCGCUCUUCAAGACUCCGACGAAGACGAGCCGAAAGCGCUCCGCUCACGCCACAACUCCGACGUCUCACUCGCCUUGCGCGCCCAAACCCUCGAAGAAGGACGCGCGCAUCGCCUCGGCCACCGCGUCCGCACCGAGCUCUUCAACCCGUCGCGCCCCUCCACCCCGCAACACGACAAUGCCAACGUCUCUGGCACCAUGGACCACGAAGGCCUGCCCCAGCACCUUCUCGCGCUCCGCGAACAUCUCUACAGGUUCAGCGGCGAGGAGCUGCGCGAGAUGACCGAGGGCGUGGGCUGGGACAAGGUGUUUGAUCGGAUUGUAGAAAAUGCGGAGGAGUUGAAACGCUUGGAGCUGGAGAGCCCUGAGGAGUUUGCGCACUUUAGAGAGAGUCAGAUUGCGGCGUUGAAGAAUCGGAAUCCGCAGAUUUGCUUUGAUAAGGACGGCAAGGAGAGGGAUUGCGAUGAGUGCGCCGUUGAGGAUUAGGAGCUAUUUUUAUCCAAGCGACACUUUCGUGCGUUUUUGUUCUGUUGUUGGUACCAGUAUUUGCGGGCCGGCUGCGUCCAGCGUUCAUCGUUUCACCGUUUCGUCGUUCAGUCUUUUCGUCUGGCUAGUGUUGUUGUUGUACAUUAUAUCGGCUCCCCCGUAGCCGGUUCUUCCGCCUAGCUCGGCAUUGUUCAUUCGCCUUGUCUUUGCUCGUUGGUGUGGUUGUGGUAAGGUGCAUUGAUAUCCGGCUGGCUUGGGAGGGAGGUACAUGCAUGCUAGGAAUAGUACUACUAUCGGUCUGUCUCUACAGGAGGCGCCAUUCUCUUUCUGGACGAUGAAUUUUGCCCCCGCGGUUUUUUGUCAUUGCUUGUUUGUUCGUUUGUGGAUGUGAG